AUGCUUUUGUACAAAAUCGAAGUAUCCAUUGAAGUUGCGAUACUAAACGAAGUUUACUGGUUAGACAUAAGAGGAACUUUUUAUACGAGUAAACUGACACCAGAGACAAAAUACGAGGUGGUGUUCGUGGUGAAGUUAGAAGAGACUGCAUCUGGAUGGGAGGAGCCAGUGAACUUAAGUCUUAAGCUGGUCAUGCGCGAUAAGAGCGAGGUUCUGCAGGAACAAACAUUGUGUUUGGAAGACUACAUAUGUGACGAAUGGGUCGAUAUUAGAGUCGGAGAUUUCGUUGCACCACCAGAGGACGCAUUAGUGAAGCUCGUGUUCAUAAUGAAUCAGUAUGACGACACUGUCCGUAAGACCGGGCUUGUGGUUAAAGGUGUUGCAAUUCGUGCCGUGACCUAA